CGCCGGCGCCUGUCCCAGCCGCGGCGGGCAAUGCGGCCGCGCUGCAGCGGGCGCAUUCCAGAUCAAUGUCGUCCCUACCGCCGGAGCCGUUUAUGAUGCUCCGCGCGAAGGCGCUGAGCAAGCGGGUGAUCAUCAACGUGGGCGGCGUCCGGCACGAGGUGUUGUGGCGGACGCUGGAGCGGCUGCCCCAUACGAGGCUCGGGCGCCUGCGAGACUGCAACACACACGAGGCAAUCACGGAGCUGUGCGACGACUACUCGCUGCAAGACAACGAGUACUUCUUCGAUAGGCACCCGAAAAGCUUCAGUUCAAUAUUGAACUUCUACCGCACUGGAAAAUUGCAUUUAGUGGACGAGAUGUGCGUUUUGGCGUUCAGCGAUGACCUGGAGUACUGGGGCGUCGACGAGCUCUACCUAGAGUCGUGCUGCCAGCACAAGUACCACCAGCGGAAAGAGCACGUGCACGAAGAAAUGCGCAAAGAGGCCGAGAGCCUUCGGCAGAGAGAAGAGGAAGAGUUCGGCCAGGGCACCUGCGCUCAGUACCAGAAGUGGCUCUGGGACUUGCUCGAGAAGCCCACGACCAGUAUCGCAGCUAGGGUGAUUGCGGUGAUAUCGAUCCUCUUCAUCGUGCUGUCCACGAUAGGGCUCACUCUCAACACGAUACCUCAGAUGCAAGUGUACGACGAGAAGGGCGCGCCCAUGGACAACCCGCAGCUGGCCAUGGUUGAAGCCGUGUGCAUCACUUGGUUCACGCUCGAGUAUGUGCUGCGAUUCAGUGCCUCGCCGGAUAAGUGGAAGUUCUUCAAGGGUGGACUCAACGUGAUAGACUUGCUGGCAAUUUUGCCCUAUUUCGUAUCUCUAUUUCUGCUCGAAACGAAUAAGAACGCGACGGACCAGUUUCAAGACGUACGUCGCGUCGUACAAAUCUUCCGUAUCAUGCGAAUAUUGCGCAUCCUCAAACUCGCCCGGCACUCGACCGGACUGCAGUCGCUCGGCUUCACACUUAGAAACUCUUAUAAAGAACUCGGACUGCUCAUGUUGUUUCUCGCGAUGGGAGUACUCAUAUUCUCUUCAUUGGCGUAUUUUGCCGAGAAAGAAGAACCGGGAACAAAAUUCAUUUCCAUUCCGGAAACGUUUUGGUGGGCCGGCAUCACCAUGACCACAGUCGGAUACGGUGACAUUUACCCCACGACCCCGUUGGGCAAGGUCAUCGGCUCAGUUUGCUGUAUUUGCGGCGUGUUGGUAAUUGCGUUACCCAUCCCCAUUAUCGUCAACAAUUUCGCCGAGUUUUACAAGAAUCAGAUGCGGCGCGAGAAGGCGCUAAAGAGGCGGGAGGCGCUCGAGCGCGCCAAACGCGAGGGCUCCAUCGUCUCGUUCCACCAUAUUAACUUGCGCGACGCGUUCGCCAAGAGCAUGGACCUCAUCGACGUCAUCGUGGACACAGGACACAACUUGUCGCAGGCGGAUGCCACUAGCUUGGAAGGUGAAGCGCCCGCGACCACCGGCUGCUACAAACAGUAUGAACACGCCAUCUCCAACAAGAUACCUCAGAGUACUGAUCCUAGCCAGUUUCAGAGCAGUCCUAAGAAAGAGCGCCGGUACUCGACUGAGGGCCUGGGCACGCCGGAGAAACGCUUGCUCAUUAAUCCUGAACCAACACCAGAAAAGAAGAUGGCUGACAAACAGCUUGACUUGGAUCAGCUGCCUUCUGAGUUUGAAUGUUGUUUUUGCACGUUCAAGGGUUACAAGGAGUUCAUAGACGCGGAGCAGUUGAUGCCGAUGUCGACGUCGGACCUGCGGCAGCCGGUGUGCGUGGAGCUGGCGUGCCUACAGCGGCACCCUGCACCCAAGGCCCUGCCCGAGGCCACGCCCAACAGCCUCGACAGCCCUGAUACAUUUGCAUCAUGCCUUACGCACCCUUUUCCUUCAGAGGGCGACAUCGCAUGCGAGAACGACUCAUCAAACUUGUAUGUGAACCCUCUGGACGGUAGCGGCGGUGGCGGCUCUGGGGCGGGUGGGGGCACGGUGUCGGGAGAGUUUAACGGUGUGCGCAGGAGCGCUUCGGGGGACGGGGGCGUGUUAUGUGCGAAAGGUUCUCAGGGCGAGGGCUCGCCGCGGGGCUCGCGCGCGAGCCUGGCCGGCGCGGCCUCGGUCGGCGCGGGCGCCGGCGCCGCGCCCGGCCCGCGGCUGGACUCCUCGCGCACCAGCCUCCCGCAACCGCUCGACGACGCGCCCGCCUCCGCCGGCCUGCCGCCCGACGACGCCAAGCCCAAACACAGAAAGGCCCGCUUCCAGCAGGAAUGGUCGGAGGAGGAGAGGAGGCCGCCGAGAGGGAUAGCUACGAGGAUAAUCAAUCACCACAUCCUUUUUGGUAAAAACGGCAAUAAGCAAGGUGACUCGCGCUCGCGGUCCAUCCUGAAGAACAAGGAGUCGCGCGGAACCGACAGCGAGCUCCUCCUCCAGGAGACCACUUCGCUUGGCGCCAAUGGCGACUCGGGCAGCGAGUCGUCGCCAAUUCGACUGAAGGACUUCAAAGGGCAGAACCACAAGGCCGGCCCCCACGAGCGAGACAGCCUGGUCUCGUAGCCGCCCGGGCUCGCCUACAAUAUUAGAGCGCAAUAAUGAUUCAAACAUUAAUAAUUUUAACAUAUCAUUGGGCGAUUGUGACUGCUUGUUGAAUAGAUUUUCAUUUAGUAGGGUUAUAAAUAUUGUAAAAAAAUAUUACAUAAUGUAAUAAUCGUUCAUUCCAAUCGAAAAGUUGAAGAUACCUAUUUGUUAAGUUUUUUUACGUGCAAUUAUUAAUUGCUAAUUCUAAUUUAAGCGAUAUAGUUUGUACAGCAUAGUU